ACACCAGCCAAUCAGACUCCUUAUUUAUAUAACGAGUCGGCUCCACCUAGCUCAAGAGCGGCUUUAUAAACACUUCUAGCAGCGCUACAAGACAAGAAACGUCGAGUUCAUCUCUGAGAAAGAAACUCCAAAUAAGGAAGGACACGUGCUAAAAAUGAAAUUGUUGCUGAGCUUCUUACUGACGGUGGCCAGCGUCUCCAGCCUCCAGGCGGACUCCCUGAAGAGCUGGAAUCUGGGCCGUCGGCACUCAGGUCCCAGGUGUCAGAAUGGAGGAACCUUCAUUUCCUUACGUUAUCAGCGGGGGUACUGUGAAUGCCCCAAAGAAUUCAGCGGGGCGGAGUGCGAAAUCAGCCAACCAGGACAGUGCUUCACCGGUGAUGGGCAGGACUACAGAGGCACGAUUGCCCGAUCAGAGAGUGGGCAAACGUGUCUGCGCUGGGACUACAUCACAAACACAUAUGGAUCUGUACCUGUUGUAAGAAAUGCAAAGGAUAACUACUGCAGGAAUCCAGACCAGCGUGCCAGGCCUUGGUGCUGGGUUCGGUCAGGUCGUGGAGUCAUCGCAAAAUUCUGCAAUGUCCCAGUUUGUGAGGAGGAAUUGAGUGAGGAGGAAUUGAGUGAGGAGGAAUUGAUGCUCGAGUCAUGUGGAAAGAGACCCCAGAAGCAGUUUAAAGUGGUUGGAGGGACGAUAACCACAGUGGAGUCCCACCCCUGGAUUGCGUCCAUCUUCCAGAGAGUCCGCACGUCCCGGAAAUCCGUGUUCCUGUGUGGGGGCACACUUAUCGCCCCCUGCUGGAUACUUACGGCAGCGCACUGCUUCCCCGAUGGAGCGGCGACCAGCGUCAACCGGCUGUCCGUCAUCCUGGGAAAGAACGCGCUCAACGAGACCGACGGCGAGAGAGAGCAGCGGUUCAGCGUGAGCAAAGUCAUCCCUCACAAGGGGUUCGAUAACCGCCAGGGGAGCUACAACAAUGACAUCGCGCUGUUGCAGAUCCACGGGAGUUCGGGACAGUGUGCGAAGCGGACCGAGUCGGUGCUCACCGCCUGCCUGCCCCCAGAACACCGGAUGUUGCCUCCGGGGGUAUUCUGUGAUGUGGUGGGGUACGGAAAGGAAAGCGAGAGACUCUGGUACAACUCCCAAUACCUCAGAGAAGCCAAGGUGAAGCUUCUGCCUCAGGACGUCUGCACGGGCAAGGAUUACUAUGGGAGUCUGGUCACCAAAAACAUGUUUUGUGCUGGCAGUCCUGACUGGAGCAAAGAUGCUUGCAAGGGAGACUCAGGGGGACCGCUGGUCUGCGAGGUCAGCGACCGCAUGUUUCUCUUCGGCGUAGUCAGCUGGGGGGAGGGCUGUUCCAGAGCGCGCCGGCCAGGCGUCUACACCAGGGUCACCAACUACAACCGAUGGAUCAAAGAGAACACCGGACUCGCCUCAAUCACCACCGGAUCCAUGUACCCCCAAAAGUGAACCCCAACCCCGUCCCCUCCUGCCCCCGACCCCGACACCCUUCGACCCCUUCUGCCCCGUCCCCUCCUGCCCCCGACCCCGACACCCUUCGACCCCUCCUGCCCCGCCCUCUCCUGCCCCGCCCCCCUUGUGUUCCGGAAGGCAGCUGCUUUCAUGCACGGGCGUGAGGAAAUCGCUUUUCUUUGGCUACACGUCGUUACUGAAUCGCUCUGGCUCUCCCUGGUGGACGCGCCAGCGCAUUGCAGAUCCUCUCUGUGGUGUGGGGGUCCUCCCGUCAUUGUGUUGGAUCCUCAGUAUCUGAAUUCUCAGGUUUUGAAAUGUUAAAGCAAAGCACAAUGCAAUGCUGGAGGCUAUGCUAUUCUGUCAGAGGGCUCAUGCAAAAAAAACAAACAUUUUUUAAUGGUUUUUAAAAAAACAUUUUACAGAAUGUGUACAGUGCACAGCAAUGUCCAUGUCAGCCAGGAGAACUGAUGGACCAAUCAAAAGUGUAGCUUAGAGGAGUUCUCAGUCGUCUGUGGCUGGUUUAAGGGUGAUGCAAAAUUAUAUUUGUUACAUUUUACAUUUUAUUUAUAUAAGAGCUCUUGGGGAACCCAGGUUGGAGGACCAUUAGCAUGCUCUCAGUGUGAGUCACGGCUUAACUUUGCACAAGGAGCUUAAGGGCUUCACGGUUCAGUGUUACGUUCAUUCUCACUCUUAAUCAUUAUGCCUGUGGCCGUUGGGAAAACCCAGUAUUGUUUAAAAGAAAAA